AUCCCAGAACCAUCAUCUUUCAUUCUGUUUUUCCAGAAGAGAAGGUGAAAUCCCAGUGAGGGAAGUGACUUGACCAACUUACUCAGUUGGUCAGUGUAGAAGCUGAAGCUGGGACAGGAGCUCCCGACUGCCACCUGGUGCUUUACACCUCAGGCACAUUUUCUGUUUCUCCACUGGAGUAAAAAUAAAAGUUUUUUUCUCAUUCACAGAAAAAUGGAUCAUUUAAACCUUUGGAGGACUCAGUUAUCACAACACUUUUAUACUACCAACUAAGAUUUACGACAAUAAAUUUAUGACAGUAAAUUUCUGCAUCAUAGAAUUGCUGAAGAACAGUUAAUAUAAAAAAGGAUAUUUUUUAUAAAAAUACUCCUAUAGUAUCAUGAUAUUACUAAAUAAAACAAAAAAGCACAAUUAUUAAAUUAUUAGACUUGCUACUACAAGCACAUAUGUGCAAUAGCUACUGUAUCCUUACAGUUACCAAACCUCAAAUUUGGAUGGUUUCCCUUUGUGGGAAAGGUUGUUAUAAUUGCAAGAAACCACUGAACAUUGUCAAAUAUAUUUUCAGCUGAGUGUCAUUUAGGAGUAUUUACUUGAAACAAGUUCUAGAAAAUUCCAAGUCCCACCACUAAGUGGAUUUAAUAUUAUGGCAGCAACUUACAGACUUGUGGUUAGUACUGUGAACCACUACAGCAGUGUGGUGAUAGACCGGCGUUUUGAGCAAGCUGUACAUUAUUGCACUGGAACCUGUCACACCUUCGCACAUGGAGUUGACUGCAUUGUGGUACAUCGUAGUGUCUGUGCAGACUUACACAUCCCUGUGUCUCAGUUCAAAGAUGUGGAUCUGGACUCCAUGUUUCUACCCCACGAGAAUGGGUUUUCCUCAACUGAAAGUGACUAUCCCCAUCAGGCCCUCGCAGGCAUACCCAGGGUCAAGAAAGGAACUACAUUUCAGAAUACCUGUAACUUAAAGGACAUUGCAGGAGAAGCAAUCAGUUUUGCCAGUGGGAAAAUAAAAGAAUUUUCCCUUGAAAAACUCAAAAACUCUAACCAUGCAGCUUACAAAAAGGGAAGGAAAGUUAAGUCUGACUCAUUUAAUAGGAGGUCAGUUGAUUUUGACUUGCUCUGUGGCCAUUAUAACAAUGAUGGGAACUCAUCAUCCUUUGGUUUACUCCGGAGUUCCUCAGUUGAGGAAAAAUCUUUGUCCCAUAGAAACUCACUUGAUAUGAACCUGACUUCGAUGUUUCUUCACAACUUCUCUGAAGAAGACCUGGUUACUCAGAUUUUGGAGAAACAUAAAAUAGAAAAUUUUUCUUCUGGAACAGAUAUAAAGGUGUGCUUGGACAUCUUGCUGAAAUGCUCUGAGGAUUUGAAAAAAUGCACAGACAUUAUAAAACAAUGCAUAAAGAAAAAGUCAGGGAGUAGCAUCAAUGAAGGAAAUGGUAAUGAUGCAGUUUCUAGCUCUGAAAUUGUCUAUAUGAAUGUAAUGACCAGGUUAGCAUCCUAUCUGAAAAAGCUACCAUUUGAAUUCAUGCAAUCUGGGAAUAAUGAGGCUAUAGAUUUAACAGAACUGAUCAGUAAUAUGCCUAGUUUACAACUGACUCCCUUCUCCCCAAUAUUUGGCACUGAGCAGCCCCCUAAAUAUGAAGAUGUUGUCCAGCUCUCAGCCCCUGACCCUGGACAGUUUCAAACUAUAGAAUUACAAGAUGACAAGCAUAGUUCUAGGAAAACAGACACUGUAAAAUCCAUUCCAAACAACUCUACAAAUUCCUUAUAUAACUUAGAGAUAAAUGAUCCCAGAAGUCUAAAAGAUGUCCAGCUUCAGUCACGGUCAUUAACUGUGAAUGCUUUAGGAAAUGUUUCUUCUGGUGACCUAAUGGAAACCCUUUAUAUUGAAGAAGAGUCAGAUGGAAAGAAAGCAGUAGGUAAAGGACAAAGGACAGAGAAUGGACUCAAUCAGGAAUUGUUGAAGGUAAAUGAAGAUAGAGCAGAAUUUUCAGACCAUGGUAGUCAUCUUAAAAAAUGUCCUGCCUCAGGACAAAAUGAAAUUGGUAAGAUAUUUGAGAAAACAGUAGUUAAUCUACCUAAGGAAGAUCUUAAGUCAAAAGUUCCUAAAGGUGAAGAGGAAGACAACAGAGAUUUUAUGAAUUCUAACAGUAAGGAAGAGAUAGAUAAGUUGUUAAUGGAUUUGGAAUCUUUUUCACAGAGAAUGGAGACCUCUCUAAGAGAGCCACUUGCCAAAGGUAAAAACUCUAACUCUCUAAAUAAUCAUGGUCAGUUGACUGAUCAGCUCCCUGUGAACCUUGAGCCUAAAUCUAAACUCUCUUCACCCAUGGAAAAAGUAUCACCUUCCUGUCUAACAAGGAUCAUUGAAACCAAUGGACACAAAAUAGAGGAAGAGGAUCGAGCCCUCUUGCUACGAAUCCUAGAAAGCAUUGAAGACUUUGCUCAAGAACUAGUUGAAUGCAAAUCAGGCAGAGGGAGCUUAUCACAAGAAAAGGAAAUGAUGCAAAUUCUACAGGAAACCUUGACAACUUCUUCCCAGGCCAAUUUAUCAGUCUGUAGAAAUCCUGUUGGUGAUAAAAUGAAAGAUACUACUUCAGUGGUUUUGAUACAGCAGACUCCAGAGGUGAUCAAGAUUCAAAAUAAACCAGAAAAGAAGCCUGGAACCCCAUUGCCACCUCCAGCCACCUUUCCAAGUACUCCCCAGCCUCUCUCUCCUGUUCCUCAUGUGAAUAAGGUUGUGAACGCACCAUUGUCCAUAAACAUUCCACAGUUCUACUUUCCUGAAGGACUCCCAGAUGCCUGCAGUAACCAUGAACAGAUUCUAAGCAGGAUUGAAGAUGCUUUCAUGGAUAUUGAAGAUCAGAAAGCAGAUAUUUAUGAAAUGGGAAAAAUUGCCAAGGUCUGUGGCUGUCCUCUCUAUUGGAAAGCUCCCAUGUUCAGGGCUGCAGGGGGAGAGAAGACAGGAUUUGUGUCAGCACAGUCAUUUAUUGCCUUGUGGAGAAAGUUGCUGAAUAAUCAUCAUGAUGAUGCCUCUAAGUUUAUCUGUCUUCUCGCAAAGCCCAGCUGCAGCUCUCUAGAACAGGAGGAUUUUAUCCCUUUACUUCAGGAUGUGGUGGAUACACACCCUGGCCUCACGUUCCUGAAAGAUGCUCCAGAAUUCCACUCACGCUACAUCACCACGGUUAUUCAGAGAAUAUUCUACACAGUGAACAGAUCUUGGAGUGGGAAAAUUACUUCGACAGAGAUAAGAAAAAGCAACUUUUUGCAAACUCUAGCGCUUUUGGAAGAAGAGGAAGAUAUAAACCAAAUCACAGACUACUUUUCCUAUGAACAUUUUUAUGUUAUUUAUUGUAAAUUCUGGGAACUAGAUAGUGAUCAUGACCUCUACAUCAGCCAGGCCGAUCUGUCUCGAUACAAUGACCAGGCUUCGUCAAACAGAAUUAUUGAAAGGAUAUUCUCUGGGGCAGUAACAAGGGGAAAAACAGUACAGAAAGAGGGAAGAAUGAGCUAUGCAGAUUUUGUUUGGUUCUUGAUAUCGGAGGAAGAUAAAAGGAACCCCACCAGCAUCGAGUAUUGGUUCCGCUGCAUGGAUGUGGAUGGGGAUGGUGUGCUCUCCAUGUACGAGCUGGAGUAUUUCUAUGAGGAGCAGUGUGAACGGAUGGAAGCCAUGGGCAUCGAGCCCUUGCCAUUCCAUGAUUUGCUGUGCCAGAUGCUUGACCUGGUGAAGCCAGCCAGUGAUGGCAAAAUAACUCUACGAGAUCUGAAGAGAUGCAGAAUGGCUCACAUCUUUUAUGACACUUUCUUUAAUCUGGAGAAAUACUUAGACCAUGAACAGAGAGAUCCCUUUGCAGUCCAGAAGGAUGUGGAGAAUGACAUGCCUGAGCCCUCUGACUGGGACAGGUUUGCUGCUGAGGAGUAUGAGACGCUUGUAGCGGAGGAGUCUGCCCAAGCACAGUUCCAGGAAGGUUCUUUUGAAGAUUAUGAAACAGAGGAACCUGCCUCUCCCUCUGAAAUUGGAAACAAAGGCAAUAAAAUAGCAACCUCAAGCCUUCCUGAGAAAUGUGGAAAGCUUCAGUCAGUGGAUGAAGAAUAGUUGCCAAUGUCUAUAAUGAAAAGGAGAUAUGUAUUUUAAAUGCUUUUUUUCUUGUGAAGAGAUGCUUUAGUUUGCAAACUGCUUUUUAAAGGCUUUGAUUUCUGCAAGUGUGUAUUGGCACUGGGAACUUUAAAUUUUUAAGCAAUAGGUCUGGAUAUACACACUCAAUUUGCAAGACUACUCCAGUUUGCCUCAAACCUCUUACAGAGAUUUCCUUAGAAGCAAUUACAAUGAUAUACAUCACCUUCCAAAGUCUGUGAACCAGCACUCUUCACCCUGAAUGUACCAAGGAUCUCUUGGGGACAGUGUCAAGCACAGUAAUAAGGAGUUGCCUGUGUUGUCCAGCAUCCCUGAGGCCCCUCAGGGUUCCUGUGGAGCCCAGAAGAAACUUUCACUUGCAGAAAACUUGAGUCAAAAAAUUCUGGAACUUGAAAAAGCAUUAAGGGCCUCCAGAACUGAAUUAGCCCUGGUAAUAAAAGCACUGCCGAAACAUCUCAGAGACUUCUUUUAAUUAUGUGUGUACUGGAGUUCAAAGAUCUUGAACUUACUUGGUUUAAUGUAUUAUUUCACAAUGACCUGCCAAACUGCUAGUCACUUUACAUCCUCAGGUAUUGUAACCACUGGGCCUUCCAACUUUGCUGGCAAGCUCUGAAUAAUCCCUUCCCCAUCUUGACUGUGGGUCUUAAAUAAAAUCUAAAGAAAAAACUUCUUACAUGAAAGUAAGUACAGAAUUUGAUUCAUACUUGAAAAAAAGUUUCCUCUUAACUCAUCCACUAUUUGUAGAAAAUUGAAUUAGUCUCUAAAUUAGCUGAUACCCCAUCUAUACUUCCUAUCAGAAGGCCUUCUUGAAGACUUAAUGAUAUAUGAAAACUCUUACUAGACAUAUUCCUUUCAUGACUUAAUAUCAGACUAAUCCAAUAGUAAAAGCCUCAAUCUAAACAUUAUUCCUUACUUCAUGGUGUAACUAUUCCAAAUAUUCCAUCCACUUCAGUAUUUAUCACAGAAAUAGAGGAAAACAGUGAUGCCACCCAAAAAAGAAAGCUAUUUCAUGUACUAUAGUGGUCGAUGUAUUCACUACAGAUAUCUACAUUUGUCAGCAAGUCAGGAUGCAGCCAAAUCCUGAUAACCUUCAAGAUAAAACUGAAAAUAAACUAUAAAAAGGAUGGAAAUUUCUGACAAUAUAAAAGACACCAAAAAAAAAACCCAACUUUUUAAAUAUUCAUCUCUGUGAAAAGUCAUCAACUUUUCCCCUAUUAGUGUUUUAACCAAAAGUCCUGAAUGUCAGAAUAGCUUUCCUUCUCACCCCGACUUGGUUCCCAUGCUGGUGGUUAAGGCCAAAUGAUGAAAUAAACAUUUGAGUUGUGGUAGGCAAAAAGUGGAGAAAAGGAAUAUUAGGAAAUGUACUAUCAACUGGUGUAACAGCAAUCCUUGUCAAUAUACUCUGUUUCUUGUUAUUUUAUCUCCAUGAUCAGAAAUGAUCUUCCAUUUAACUGUUAAAGAAAAUGGUAACUAUUAAAACUUAAUAUCUAAUAAUUCACAAAGUAAAAGCUUAAAAGUGACUAUUUGGAGGAAACACUACAUGCAAUAACCUAAACAUACUGAUAAAUAGGAUUAAAAAUAUUUAUGUGGCACAUAAAAUUUACCAUCUAUCCCAUCCAACCUUUACCAGGAAAGGAAAGCAAUUACUUUUUUUUUUUUUUAGAAGCCAGAUAUGGUUUAAAGGUUUUAUUAUCCAUAAUGACCUAAACUAUUUCUAAGACUCAGCAAAAAGUAAAAAUAAAAUCCAAUUUUCCAAUGUACAUUUGAUUUUUUUUUAACUUGGCUUUACAUUUUUCCCUUGUUUCUUACUAAAGUCCUCUUAUUUUCACUUUGGUCAGUAUUUGAUUUCAAAAAGUCUGUAAUUAUUAUAAAAGCAAGCUACCAAUAUCAUUCCAUUUAAGAUAAGACUAUUUUAAUUUAGGUUACCCCAAAGUAUCACAUUUUCAGACAUAAGAAUGUGUUUCACUCCUUUUCUAGAGUUGAACGCAAGAAAUGUGAAUUUGAGGAACUAAGAUAGUAUGUAUUUGACUUCCUGGUAAAGAUCAUGCUGCAUAUAAUCAUUACCGCCCAACUGAAAAUUUCAAGUUACAAUAUCCCAGUCUCCAUGAUAAAAGUUUCAAUUGAAGUUUAUCGUAAUCCUAAUGCUAGUCAAUGAAAAAGUGAGUUUCAUAGCAUAACGUUACCAAAGUAAUCAACUAAUAAAAUUCUAUGUAUUUUCCCUGCACCUUAUCUAUGUCAUUGUAUACGGUUCAAAGUGUUUAUAAAACUCUAUACUGAUUAAAUGAGAUAAGUCAUUUGCUCAACUUUUGGAAAUGUUAAGGUAUGUUUGAAUAGAGAAGCCUGCAUGACUUAACUUUUGUUUUUAUUUUCCCUUUUACGAAAAUUAAAUAAAGACAAGUUGUCAAAUAUGAAUUCCA